AUGGCCCAGUUCUGCUUGACGGAGUACCCAAUGGUGGCUAAUGCGAAUGCGACCCACAAGGGAUGGGACGGGAAAUACCCAGCUCCGGAUGGGGCCAAAGUCAUCUUCACCUGUGAAUUUGGAUUCGCCGAUGGGAAGAAAGAGCACCAGGCCACAUGCUCCUCAUCUGACGACUUCUGGUGCACCUCCUUCAACGUUGAUGUGACAUGUCCAAAACCAGUAUACCCAGAUUGCCGGAAAACGGAGAAGGGAAAGGAGUACAUGGGUAGAAUAAACAAGACAGAAACCGGGAAAGACUGUUUGCGAUGGGAUUCCAAGCCCUACGGGAAACCCAAUUAUUUUGAGACCAACAUGCUUUACGAAGAGCAUUUCCUCAACGAGGACCCCAGAUCCCAUGAGAACUACUGCAGGAAUCCCGCACUGAAGGAAAAACCUUGGUGCUUCGUAUCUGACACUGACAUCCAGUGGGAAUUCUGCAAUAUCCCAUUUUGCGAAGACAGAGUACCCCUGGAGUGCAAACUGACGCAAAAAGGAGGAGAAUACAUGGGAAAAAAGAACAGGACCAUCUUGGGUUUACCAUGCAUAGCAUGGCUGAAGGCACCACUUACUUUCCAAUAUCGCAAGUGGAUCCAGAGAAAACCUGCAUUCUCGGACGACGUGAAUACGGAGCACAAUUAUUGCAGGAAUCCUGGCGGUCGCCCUGGAGGACCCUGGUGCUACAAUGAAGGCACUAGCAAUCAAACACCUGAUUGGCAUUACUGUGACGUCCCCUUUUGUUCGCUUCCAAAGCCAGAAUCGAAGAGAAAUGCUGGGAAUGAAGCGAUUUAUCCGAAUUGCCGGAAAACAGAAAAAGGGAAGGAAUACAUGGGUAUCAUCAAUAUAAGCGAAACAGGGAAGCGGUGCAUGCGAUGGGAUGCAUUCCUGAACAUUGAAACAUACCCAGACAUAAUGGUGAACCAUCUGCCUUUAACAGUUGAUUCCAAGGUGUUGACUUUUGAAUACUUAUUCAUCAAUUCAGAUCCAUACCAGCAAUUUGAUUAUUGUCGAAACACUGGAUCAGGGGAAAGGCCGUGGUGUUUCGUUUCCAAGGAGCCUUCCAUCGAAUGGGAAUACUGUGACAUUCCAUUCUGCGACGACCUUGUUCCAUUGGAGUGCAAGCUGACAAUAAAAGGUGGAGAAUACGUUGGGAAGAAGAAUGUGACGCAGUCAGGAAAAUCCUGCCUUCCUUGGUUGAGCCGAAUCCCUGAAGACAACAGACUUGACAACUUCCUAUUUCACCUUUCGGAUCCCAUAGACAGCACUCACAAUUUUUGUCGCAACCCACCGGCUUUCAUAGAAACUCCAUGGUGCUGGACUUCCUCACCAGGGGAAGAUAUCCUUUUUGAGGAAUGUGGCAUCCCCUUCUGCUACGAACUUCUGUUGGAAUCCCUCAGCAGCAAUGAAGGAAGACAUGAAUAUCCACAAUGUCGCCUAACGCAGCUGGGAACAGAAUAUAUGGGGACGGUGAACAGGACAAUGACUGGGAAAGAGUGCCUGCCCUGGAAUAACGUGCCGUAUACUCCCCUCCCUGUCUACUAUACAAGGGAGUGGUUUCCUGACUAUGUAGUGAGUCAGUAUAUCAUCCCGCACAAGAAUUACUGCCGGAACCCCGGGUUGAAGGAAAAGCCCUGGUGCUUCGUCGCUGAUCCAGAAAUUCAAUGGGAAUACUGUGAUAUCCCAUUAUGUGAUGACAGUACUCCAGCAGAGUGCAAGUUCUCAGAGUGUGGUUGGGAGUAUGCAGGGAGCAAGAACGUGACGAAUUUGGGGGUCACAUGUGAACAAUGGAGCAAUGUUAGAGGAAGGCAACAGGAUAAUUACCUCUACCCUGGAUUACCGGAGAACAAAAUGGAGACUACUCAUAAUUUCUGCCGUGGAAAGUGUUCGAGUAGGCAACUGUCUCCCGAGCAGUGUGUGACGGUGCGCCAUCCUGUUGAAACACAAACUCUGGUGUUUCCUGACUGA